CGGUAAGCCAUCAGUGAUCACCGUACAGUGUGCAGAGCCCAACUGCUCCAGCAAGCAGCGACACUCAUCCGUUGUACUUCGUUGGGCUUUCGACCUUGCCAAAAAAAAAACACAACAACCUUCCCGUGUGCGUCGUCUUUUCCUCCCGUUUACACGUGCUCGUAUAAAAGAAACCCUAGAAAAAAAUCCACACGGCGAAAAUGAAUCGAUUCAGUGCGAUUUUCUUCCUGGUCAGCGCCACGCUCGUCUGUGCUGAACCGCCAGUUCAUGGUGGUUACGGCCAUGGUCACGGUCAUGGUGGUGGUGGUGGUGGCGGUGGAUACGACGAUGGUGGUUACAUCGCUGUUAGCCCCGGUCAUCAAAGCUCCGAGGGACUGCACGUGGAUCACAGUCUGCUGCACAAGGUGAAGGAAGCGCUGCUGGAACAUGAAAACUCUGGAUCUCACGGAGGUGGUGGCUAUUCGGGGUCGAUUUCGUCCUCGUACGGACCACCGUCAGGAUCGUACGGACCUCCGUCGCCGGUUUAUGGAGUUCCUUCGUACUCUGGACAUGGACACGGCAAGACCACCGGCAUUGAGCUAGGACACGUUCAGCAAGGCAUCCAGGUCGCUGAGUACUACAAGGCCGCCCAUGGUCCAUCUCACUCGUCGUACUCCGUGCCAUCGUACUCGUCCCACUCUUCGUCCUACUCGGCACCUUCAUACUCAUCGCAUUCUUCCUUCACGCCCUCGCAUGGCUACUCUUCGGGAGGCUCGUCGUACUCGUCCUCCUACUCUGCACCAUCUGUUUCAUCUCACUACUCUGCUCCUUCUGUUUCAUCUCACUACUCUGCUCCUUCUGUUUCAUCUCACUAUUCUGCUCCUUCUGUAUCUUCUCACUAUUCUGCUCCUUCCGUAUCUUCUCACUACUCUGCACCAUCAUCGCACUCUUCCUUCUCGGGUCUGUCCUCGUCGUACGGUGCUCCAUCGCUAUCCUCCAGCUAUGGAGUCCCUUCCGUGUCGUCCCACUACUCCGCUCCAUCCUACUCGUCGCACUCGGGUGGAUCGUACUCUCACGGCUCAUCUCACUCGUCCGGACCAUCGUUCGUUGCCAUCCCAUCGUCCUCGUACGGUGUACCGUCCUUCGGCUCCUCCGGACAUCACCAUCGGCCAUCAUCGCACGGAUCGUCGCUUUCGUCGUACCGUGCACCAUCCUCCUCGUACGGACCACCACCGCGUCCCACCUACGGUGUACCGCACCAUCACUAAGCUCACGCUCACCUCAUCCAAUCAUCCCGCGCCCUGAACGGGCGUGAUGUCAUCUAAGUCAGUUCAAACGAUUCCCCCCAUGCACACUCAUCAACCUAGGAUUAGCGAGACUCUUCGUCUCAUCGCACCGACCUCUCUCAUUUACUCAGCCCUCAUUCGUUGUUUUGCUACAUGUGUACAGAACCAUCGUAAGCGAUGAAAUUAUUGAAUAAAAUAUACAAA